AUGGCGGAAGCCCACGGCGAGCAGGGUCCGGGGCCGAGGCCGGAUACAAUGUCGGAUAGUCUCAGCCGGCUAAGAAGCAUUGCGGAGAACCAUCUUGGUGAGAUUGAGGAGGAAAAACUGCAAGAGGAGGCAGAGGAAGCGAGAGGAUCACAGGAAGUCGAGCGCUACAUGAAACAUCGACGGAGAGGGAAGGGAAGCAGGUCAUUGCUGUCAUCGGCGACGGCCACACCGACGCCCAAAAUGAAGAUGAGGUCAGCCCAAGACGUAUUGAGCCGUCUGCAAUGGGACGCCGACCACGACAUGGCCAGCUACACGAUCGGGUACCUGGAGCGAUUUGCGGGAAUCAAGGAAAUGCCUGCUAGCAGCUGGAUUGCCGAGUCGACGGAAGAAGAAUGGAUUCCCCAGCAUCGCAUCAAAUACUUCAAACGCACUCUGGACAAUGGAGACCAGGAGGUGGUCUGGGGCCGGGACAAGCGACUAGACCGGAUCUUUGGCAGCGGACUGGGCAGCACAGGUGGAUCUGGAUCUGAUGAUAGGCCUGAAGACGGCGGCGUGAUCUCAAGCUGA